AUGGAUUCUCGAGGUCUUUAUCAGAAUACAAAUGAUUCUUAUCAUCAACAACAAGAAUAUGAUCAAACAGAACUUUAUGAAUAUAAUAAUGAACAAAAUUCAUCACGUAUACGUCUUGGUAAUUUAUUUGGUUCGACAUUAUUACAGAAACCACCUGAAGUAUUUCGACGUGCACCUAAUUUACUUGAUUCAUUACCAACAAAUGUAAAUCGUACAUUAUUAUUUGCAAAACUUUUUUAUUUUUGGUAUUUUGCCGCAUUUGGUUCGCUAUUUCCACUUAUGUCGAUCUAUUUUAAACAAAUGGGUAUGGGUCCGUCAUAUUGUGGUAUUCUCAUGGGCUUUCGACCAUUUGUUGAAUUUGUUUCGGCACCAUUUUGGAGUGUUGUAUCAACACGUUUUCGACAAGCAAAAAAUAUUUUACUUAUGGCAAUUCUAUCAUGGAUUAUUUUUACAGUUGCUAUUGGUCUUAUUAAACCACCUCCACAUUCAUGUUGGAGAGAAAUGAAUUCAACAUAUCAAAUUAUUGAACGUGUUGGUUAUUCUUCUAGUACAAUAGCACCAACAAUUAAAUUAAUUGUUAAACGACAAGUAACUAAAUUACCAAUAGUUUCAUUAAAUAAAACAAAAUAUAUAAUUAAUAAUCAAAAUCAUUUAAUAAAUUCAACUAUAUCAACAAAAAUAAUUUUAACAUCAUCAACUAGACGACGAAAAUCAACAAUUAAAACAACAACAUUAUCUUUAAAUUUAAUUGAAGAAGAUGAUGAUAUUGAAGAUAUCAAUGAAGAUUAUCCGAUUAAUGAAAAUAAUCGUUUAACAACACAAAAUAAUUAUAAACAACAAAUAAAUUCAAUGAAUUAUUUACCUAUUAAUAAACCAAAAAAUACUAUGGGUAAUCCAUUAUCAAUAACACAUACUAAUUUAUCAUUAGUUAAACCACUUGCAUCACCUAUACUCUAUGAUAAAAAAGAUGUUCGCAAUGUUUUUAUGGUUUUUUUACUUCUUAUUAUAGUUGGUGAAUAUUUUAGUGCACCAGCAAUUACAUUAGCUGAUGCUUGUACAUUAGCUUAUUUAGGUCAAGAUACGGAAUUAUAUGGACGUCAACGUAUGUUUGGCAGUUUAGGUUGGGGUUUAGCUAUAUUUAUUGUUGCUACUAUUCUUGAUCAAUCCAAAUCACUUACAUUUCAUGCUUGUGGUACAAGUGGACCACUCGAAAAAAAUUAUACAGUUUGUUUUGCAGCAUUUAGUGUUUGUAUGACAUUUGCAUUAAUAACUGCAACACGUUUUGAAUUUUCUUAUGAUAACAAUGAACAAUUACCAUUACGUUCAUUAAAUGAUGAUUUAAAAAGGAAGGUUUGUUCAACAACAAUACCUAAACAUGUUUAUACAAACAAAUAUGAUGAACAAGAAACAAAUGUUAAUUCAAUUAAACAAGAGCAAUAUGUUACUUCAAAUACACUUAAAUUAAUGCAAAUUAUUCAAAUAUUUAUGUCAUUUAAAAAUGGUACAUUUCUUUUUAUAGCAUGGUGGAUGGGAUGUGGUGUUGGUCUUGUAUUUACAUUUCUUUUUUGGCAUUUACAAGAUCUUGGUGGAUCACCUACACUUUUUGGUGUUGCUUCAGUUAUAAAUCAUACGAGUGAAUUAUUUGCUUAUUUUUUCUUACAUGAACUUAUUCAUCGUCUUGGUCAUAUAAAAAUCCUUUUUUUGGGUUUAUUAGGAAAUUUUAUUCGUUUUUUUUAUAUAUCAAUUAUAACAAAUCCAUGGUGGGUUUUACCAUUUGAAUUUAUACAAGGACUUACACAUGCUGCUGUAUGGGCAACAGCUUGUUCAUAUUUAUCUCAAACAACACCAGAAAAUUUACGAAUAUCUUGUCAAGGUGUUCUUCAAGGUUUUCAUUUUGGUUUUGGACGAGGUUGUGGAGCUUUAUUUGGUGGUUUUUUUGCUUCGUAUUUCGGUACCGAUAUAACAUUUCGUGUUUAUGGAAUAAUAUCUUUAAUUUUCAUGGGUAUUUUUAUUUAUCUUAAUCGACGUCAUCAACAACAACAAUUAAUAAUAAGUGGUCAACGUACAAGUUUAAAUGUUGACGAUUCACAUCAAUUUAUUGGUAAUUCUCCACUCCUUGCUCCACAUGGUGCACCAGCUAAUCCAAAAUGGCAAACGAAAUUUUCUUCUGGUCUAACAGCAGGUAUUAAACAAGAUCAAUUAUAUUCAUCUCCAAUUAUAGCAGUAAAACCGUUUAAUAAUCCAACAGCAACAACAACAGACACUAAUUAUAAUAAUUAUCAUCAUGGUUAUUGA